AUGGCGUCCGUGGGUUCUGAGCAGGAUAGUGGGGUUCUCCGAGUCCUCGCCCCCGGGGAAUGCAGCGGCUCUUCCUUGUCCGGCGCCCAGUGCUUCGAGGACCCCGGCCAGGGCUCAGGCCCGGUCAGGGCCCCUGUGGUGGCCGAGGGUCCCAGCUCCUGCCUCCCGCGGAAUGUGCUCAGCGAGAGGGAGCGCAGGAAGCGGAUCUCCAUGAGCUGUGAGCACCUGCGGGCCCUGCUGCCCCGGUUCGACGGCCGGCGGGAGGACAUGGCCUCGGUCCUGGAGAUGUCCGUGCAGUUCCUCCGGCUUGCCAGCGCCCUGGUGCCCAGCCGAGAGCAGCACACUUUUGUUCCUCCUGCCAAGGAGAUGUGGCACAAGUGGCAGAAAGAUGUUUUGCAGCUGGUCCUGGCGAGUCAGAUCCCAGCAGGUGCACCAGACCCCGGCACAGGAGCAUCUGGCGUGACCAUGCAACAGGACUCCCCAAGCUGUGCGACUGAGGGUGUGGAUGAGGGCGAGGUCCCAUCGGGGGUGGCCGAGGUGCUGGAUGGGCCGCUGGCUCUCCUUGAGUCUCCCAGCCUGGUGCCCCGGCCCACAGGCCCAAGUCCCUCCAAGGCCUUGAGGCCACCACCACUCUGGCCUCGAGGGGAUGAGGCUCAGACCUGCCUGGGCCAGGCUGGGCCUCCAGCUGAGGGGGCCAACAUGGCCAUGACACCAGACGCCAGCCCGCACCAGCUGGGGUGUGGGCAGGGCGCGUGGUGUUGGCUGGAGAGGAACCAGCAGAGCCACAGCAGAUGGCCAGUCUGCGCUCGGCGGGCAGGCUCGGCACUCUCCAGUGAUGUGGAAGACCGGACGUCCUUCCUGCUGACUGCCAGUCCCGACUGGUGGCUGGGGUCCCUGGAGGGCAGAGGCGGCAGUGCGCCGGCCAGGAGCACCCCAUCGGACAGGGCAGAGCUGAGCUUCCUCGUGGACCCCGAGCCCGGCUCCCAGGAGCUCUCGGAUGGCCCCCUAGAGCCGUGGGGCUCAGACGUGGGUGGCCCCGGCCUGGCCCUGCGGGACGAGGUGGACAGCCUCUUCCCUGAGUUUUUUACCUACUAGGCGGCUGGGGGCCUGCCAGGCCGC